CCCUGUGGCGGUGUUCUUCGUCUCUACAACUCUUCUUCUACAAAAAUACAUACACUUUCUCUCUCUACAAAAAAAAAAACAAAAAUCACAAUAUACAGAAAAGUUCUAGAGAGAGAAAGAGAAGACAAUGGCUUACUCGAAGAUUAUCGUUGUUGCUUUCAUGUUCGCUUUGGUCACCGGAUCUGCUUUUGCUCAAGCUCCGGGAGCUUCUCCGGUAGCUUCACCAAAACCGUCUCCGGUACCGGUAGCAAAACCUCCAACUCCUGUUGUUACCCCAGUAUCUGCUCCUUCAGUAUCUCCUGCUGCAAGUUCCCCUUCUGAUUCUCCAGUUUCAUCUCCACCAGCUCCACCAACCGUUGAGACUCCGGCUUCUGCUCCUACCGCCGGCGGUGCUCUUGCUCCGUCCAUCGGUGCUACACCAAGCGGUUCUCCAACUUCCUCUCCAAAUGCUGCAUCCUUGAACAGAGUCGCCGUUGCUGGAUCUGCCGUCGUAGCGAUCUUCGCUGCGUCUUUGCUGUUUUAGAUCUGAGGAGAUAUUUGCAUUUGGAUUUGCUGGAGAGAGAUGUUUAUGAUUUUAGGAUUUUUAUUUUUAGUUCAUCUUACUCGUUGAUGUUUAUUAUUCGUUUUGCUCCUUUUUCUUUUACUUUUACCUUUGGGUGAUGGUGACGAUUACGUACAUGCUAUUGAUUUGAUUUUUGCUUAUGGUUAUUGUUUAUUAAUUAUCAUCACCAUUGUUAUUACUAUUAUUACGCCUAUUAUAAAUUCUUCGUUUA